CCUAACUUCUGUGCCAAACUUGCUGCACAACUUUUUCAGGACUUGUCCCACAAUGUACUUUCACGAUCCAGAUUCUGUGCUUCUGUUCUGAGUAACGUUCCAGCAGGCAGGAUGCUGGGGAGGGUGCGGCCAACACGAAACUCUGCUGGAACAUUGAUCAGGCUGGAGAGCCAGAAAAUACACCUGAAAAAUAUUUGUCUGCAAUAUCAGCUGUAUCUUCUUCUCAACAGCCACUUCCUUUGCCUUUUAAAGAAUGAGUUGGGACUAAUCAUCAUCUUCCUAUGUGCUUAUGUACCAAAGACAGCAGCAGGUCAUUGCAAGUGGGAGGAAGUCCUGAAAGACCUGGAGCAGAUCAAGACAUCCAAAGACAUUGAUGUCAGUUUAUAUACGGCAAACACAGAUGAGGAUAAAGAAUGCCAAGAACCUGUAAUGCGAUGCUUUUUCUUAGAGAUGAAAGUGAUUCUUCACGAAUGUUUUAUCAAAAAUUGUAGUAAAACACAGGACGUAUUGAACAUAUGUAAAAAUGGAAAUGCAAGCUUACAAAACAACAAGUUGCAUUCCAUUACAUCAGCAAAAUGCAAAGAAUGUGAAGAAUAUGAAGAAAAGAAUUUUACAGAAUUUAUACAGAGUUUUGUAAAGGUUAUACAGAACGAAUGCAAACACUGAUCAAAAGACACAAGCUGGGAACCAAGAUUCUUCCGUGAACUUCCUCAAAGAAAUUAGAUUAUCACCAGCAAUAUACUGGAAAGAACAUCACUUACACUCUUGCUUACGUAGCAUAACAAACAAAGAAUAAUAAAAUUCCUGUAAUUCA